AUGAACUCCAUUCCAUAUGUGCUAAUAAGUGGUACUAAUUAUUGUAAUCUUAGAACUAUACCAAUAUCCUCUCUGUUUGAAAAAGAUUCGGGGAUUGUGCCAGUAUUCGUCCUGUUCGAGAAAGAUUCGAGGAUUGUACCAAUAUCCUCCCUGUUCAAGAAAGAUUCGGGGAUUGUAUCAGUAUCCUCCCUGUUUGAGAAAGAUUCGAGGAUUGUACCAAUAUCCUCCCUGUUCGAGAAAGAUUCGGGGAAUGUGCUAGUAUUCUUCCUGUUCCGGAAAGUUUCGUGGAAGAGGAAGAUCCUGAGCGUUAAAAUCAUUUUACAAAUAUAUUUCAACGAGAUCGGUUGA